GGAGAAAGAAACUACGAAAGACAGGGAGGGGAAAGCAGGUCCCACCGGAGGAACCUAAGCCGCCAAGGGAGACUCAUAAAUUGCUUCAGGUGCUUGGAAGAACAGCUAAAAGGAAGAAAUUGCUCUCACCAAAGGGCAUGGACGUACGCCCAAUGAUGGAAGUUGUAAAAGGUGCAGCCUUUGACAUUUUGCAGGCGGCCGGUGGUUGUCCUGCAUCUUUAAGGCCUGGUCGUUGGUUAGACUUGUAUAGCGACGCAGGAUCUGUUGGUAUUGAGGCUCUCAGCUGGGGAUGUUCUGAGGUGCAUUUUGUCGAAAUGGAUCCUUGGGUUGUUUCAGAUGUUCUACGGCCAAAUUUAGAAUGGACUAGUUUUCUUGAUGUUUCUGUCAUACAUACAGCCCGUGUCAAAAGGUUCUUACAACAGGCUGAACGGUUUGUAGAUGGGCCAUUUGAUUAUAUUAGCGUGACACCUCCAUAUACUGAAGUGGAUUAUGGGGUACUGAUGGAUCAAGUUUCAAAAUCAUCUGUAGUUGGAGAGGAUACCUUUAUAGUAGUAGAGUACCUUUUAAGAACAGACAUGCUGGAUUCAUGUGGAUGCCUUAUAAAGUUGAAUGGAACGAUGCAGAAAAGGAAAUAA